UAACAGCAAAAAUCAAAAAUAAAAGCAAAUCAACAAAUAUAUACAUAUUUAACUGUAGCAACAACAAUCAAAAGUUAAUGCGAAAGACCGGAGAAGUAAACAACAAGAGCGUAAAAAGCGUGCUUUUGCGUUCGUUGCCGCGUUAAUAAUAUAAAUCAAAAAACGAAAAAAAAGUGAAGGAAAUGUGUAUGAAAUUCCAAAAGUGCAAAUUUAUUUAAAUUACACCGCCGCAGUGCUUAGUGCUCAACGUUCAAAGUUAACAACAGACGGAGAAAAGUUGGCUAACGAACGGCAUUUGGCCCUAGACUUGGAACACAAUUCGCGCGUCUAAUUGAAUUUGGUGCGCGAAUCGCGAAAACAGGAAAAUAAAUAACGAUAAAAAAACCCCGACCCCGGUUUACACAUUGCAACAAACAACCAAACAACCAACCUGUGGCUCCUUUUCAAUUCCAAUUCCGAAUUUGUAUUUGGAUUUGGAUUGUGAUUGUGUGAUUUUUGUAUUUGGUUUGUGGAUUGAACUUUUGGACGCCGGGCGGUCAGUCAGCCAUCCGGAAGCCAAUCCAAAUGCAAUUGUUUUAAACAAAAGCUGGGCCGAGCUUUUCUACCUGUUAGACAACAAAUCAAGCGGCAACUGCAGCAACAGCAACAACAACAACAACAGCAUCAUGUGGUGCAUUGUUAACCUGCCCAACGGCACUCAACAGGCCGUCAAAUGGGAUCCCAAAGCCAAUGGUCAGGAGUGCCUGGAGAAGGUCUGUCUGGCCCUGAACAUCAUCUGUGAAAUGGAAUACUUUGGCCUGGAGCACUGGACACCCAACCAGAAGGAGUCACGCACUCGCCAAUGGAUCAACCUGCGCAACCGACUCUCCGGCGAUAGUGGCAGCAGUGGCAGUGGCAUCCAACUGAUGCUCGCUCUGCGCGUCAAGUUCUGGGUGCCGGUGCACUUCAUCCUCCAGGAGAGUGUGCGCAAUUUGUUCUACAUGCAGGCGAGACGUGAUCUCCUAGAGGGACGCCUCACAGCGCCCGACUGGAGUGGAGCGGCCAAGCUGGCGGCCCUGCUCUGCCAGGCCGAUGGUUUGCGCUUCAAUGAGGCAUCCCUCCGGGCAGAGUGUCCCAUGAGGAUGCGGCGGGAGUUGGCCCAGCAGCAGGCACAGCAGCAGCAGCAGGCCCAGCAGCAGAGGCUGGAGCAGCAGCGCAAGGAGAAGGAGCAUGUGCUCAGCUUCAAGAAGCGACGCCUGUCCAAGCAAAAGUCCAUGGAACACAUCGAGACCUGCACGACGCUGCCAGCGGCAAAUCCAGCCACAAGUUGCAGCCUCCAGCCAUCGCCAUCGGCAUCCGCUUCAGCCUCCGCCUCCGCCUCCGCCUCCACAUCCGCCUGCUCGCAAACGCACUCGAACAGCAGCUCCAGCAGUCCCAGCAACAGUAGCAGUCAGACGGGGUUGGAUGAGCGUCUGGCCAGCAAUCAGUUGCGCAUGUAUGAGGAGUACCUGAUCCAGCCCAGCAGUUCGGAGGGUGAGCCACCGGCGGACUUUCUGCGACAGAUUGCCAUCGAACACAGCAAGUUGGCCAAGCUACAAAUGAGCCUCAAGUCGGCCAAAUACUGGCUGCUGCAGUCCAUCCAAGAUCUCGAGGGAUAUGGCGAGGAGCUCUUCAGCGGUGUGACCACCAAUGAGAGUGCCACCCGUUGUGACAUUGCGGUGGGAGCCCACGGCAUCACCGUCUGCCGGGGGGGUGAGAAACAAAGCAUCCCCUUUGGUGCAAUUGCUGCGGCCAAAUCGCUGCGUCGCACCUUCAAACUGGAGUAUGUGGACGAUCACAAUGACCGCAAGGAGCUGGAGAUUAAGCUACCCAAGCAACCCAUUGCCGCAGGACUCUAUCGCUCCAUCACAGAGCGUCAUGCCUUCUAUGUGUGCGACAAGGUGCGAGGCGUGGUGACCAAUCAGUUCACGCGAGACCUCAAGGGCACCAUUGCCUCCAUGUUCUCGGAGAACACGGAACUGGGCAAGCGUUAUGUGUUCGACAUACAGCACACCUGCCGCGAGGUGCACGACCAGGCCAGGAGGACACUCCACGAACGGGGUGGUGAUCUGUUGACUGAGUUGGCAUCGGAUGGCGCUGAAGGCUGUUCCGCAGUUGCUGGUGGUGGUGGAGGAGGAGUAGGAGGAGUUGGAGGAGGUGUGGGCGGUGCCGUUGCCGGUGCGGAUGCCUUUGGGGCUUUAAUGAUGCCAUUGGCGGGUAGCAGCAGCUCCAUGGCCGGCAAGAUAGAUUUGGCCAUACGCGAGAAGGAGGCGCGUGAGGCGGCGAUUGAGCGCUGCGUGGACACGCGGAUCUCAGAGGCCAUGCAGUGCAAGAUCUGCAUGGACCGUGCCAUCAACACAGUGUUCAAUCCGUGCUGUCACGUCAUCGCCUGUGCCCAGUGUGCUGCAAGAUGCAGCAAUUGUCCCAACUGUCGGGUGAAGAUAACUAGCGUGGUCAAAAUCUAUCUGCCGCCGGAGCUGCGCACCAGUCAAUCCGGCAGCGGUGCCACCAACACCACAAAUACCACCAGUAGCAGCAGCAACUGUGCCGAUGGCCAAGCCACAGAGGUUGAGGAGCUGCAACUGGAGGAGCUCUCCUCGGACAUGGCGGCCACAUCGAGCGGCGUGUUGGGUGCAACGGGUGCUGGUGCCGAGGCAACAGGACAGCCUGGUGGACAGCCGAAGGUGACAACGGCCGCCUAGAAUUGGUUGUGCUCGCUGCUGUUCCGGCUGAUGGAAUGGGUGUGCGUGCCGAUUGUCUGAGAACCAACAUGAUCCACUAAUAUUCUAUGACCACAACCUAAAAGGGGAACAAAACCAACUAAAAAGGAAGCGAAAGAGAGCGAACUAGCAGCAUGCAACAUGCAACAUGCAACAUGCAACAUGCAGCAGGAUUUCCUUUGUGGUUGCAAGGGCUUAGGAGGAGUAGUCAGUCUUUCAACAAUCUUAGCUCUAUCUUUACUCAAGUAUUUUACGGAUAUAAGCAACUGAAAACUGUAACUGUAACUGUAACUGUAACAUUAACUAUAACUCUAACUGUAACUGUAACUUUAACUGUAACUGUAACUCUAAACUAGAUGCUAGAGAUAUACACACAAUAUAUAUUAUAUUUACUAUAUUUAUAGAUGUACGGACUUCGAGAAAGUGCUAUUCAAACUCGUCUAAGACUUCACUGCAUAGCCUAUGCCUAGAAUCUAUAACUGCAGAUUGUUUCAUAUUCAUAUACAAAAACACUGUAUACACAUUGAUAUAUUUACGAUCGUUAUAGAUCAGCGAUACCUUAUACGAUAUAUGUAGCCUAGCCCUUGAAUGUACAACAUAGUUACUUACUAAAUGUUAGCAAUUUUACCAACUAAACUCGAGAUGUAUUUAUUAACACCUAAAACUAUUAAGUAUUCUUUCUGACCCCCCUUACCCGAUAACCCCUACCCCCCAAUUCUCAUCAGAUAUAUAAAAUAUAUAUAUAUACUUUAUGAAUAUAUAGGACAAGCGUACAAUAAUCGCAAACCCAAGGAGCAAAGUAGUACUAAGUACCUGCAAAAAACAAACAAACAAAACAAAAACAGAAGAAAACUAAAAACCGAAACGGAAACAGAACACGAAACACGAAAAGUAUCUCUGCAGCAGAUAUUACAUAGUCAAUAAUGAAUGUUAACAAUGUUAUACUACAUAUAUACCUAUAUAUAUAUACAUAUAUAAAA